AUGUCAGUUGCAAUUCAAAUGGACGAAGAACGAGACAACUGGCUGAAUUUUGUUGCAAAAGGAAAUAAAAUUCUCAAACUUGCCAAUCACAUUGAAAAAGAGACUAAAAACAGGAUGAAUCGAAUGGAGAUCUGUGUGAUCUACAUAGAUCUACUAGAUGAAAAAGACGAAAAACUCCACUACAUCGACAAAGAUUCUAUGAUGAUGACGGGGAACAGAAGAUUCUCUUUACGUCAACGUAUGUUUGUCGGCUCGAUUGAGAGUGAGACUGGAUCCAAGUUUAAUCACAGCAAUCAAGGAAUUGAUGUUAACCUUCCAUUAUGUUGUGACAUAGAGAAAAUCAACGCCCUAGAAAUUGUUCGAGAUUACAUGUUGCCAUGUGGAUCAGACCAGCACACACGAACCCAAGUGUUCAUUCAGAAAUUAUCGCAUUUGGAAGAGGAAAACGCCAUUUUGGGAAUUGCGCGUCAAGCAAUCAAUUCGAUGAGAAAUGUUGUAGCAUCUAUUUUCUCCUGGUAG